AUGCCUGUCCAAAAUGAUCCAAAUUUUGUCAGGCCCAGCAACAAUUAUUGCAAGGCCCUUCCCUCUUCCUCAGCAACACAAACCACUGCUAGACAAACAUGUAAACAACCUCAACAGCCAUCAUCUGCUUUGGCUUCCACCUCCACCUGUGUGGCCUGCAAGACAAAGAAUGCCAAGGUCAAUGAGAAGGGCAUCAGAUUCCCAAUUGGACAGCAAAAUGCACGGGACAUCCAGGGUCAUUGGCUUCACUCAGGAUUCAGAUGA